AUGGGUAUUGGAGGCACCAUCCCACCCCACAUUGGAAACCUCUCAUUUCUAUCCUACUUCAACAUCACCAGCAACACUUUCCAUGGUCGUCUUCCCAAUGAGUUGGCUCGAUUGCAUCGCCUAAAUGUUGUCGACUUUGGUGUCAACAAUUUCGGUGGAGGUGUUCCAUCAUGGUUUGGAAACUUACCCAAGCUUCAAUACUUGCGUCUUGCAAACAACAGUUUCACUGGUUCAGUUCCACCUUCCAUUGGCAACAUAUCAACAUUAGAGUCUCUCAAUUUAAUGUCCAAUUUUUUGGAGGGAAGAGUUCCCGAAGAGAUCAGUUAUCUUCCUAAACUGAAGUGGUUACGCAUGCGAUGUAAUAAUUUGUCGGGGUCUAUACCGCCAACCAUCUUCAACAUGUUAUCACUUCAAUGGAUUGAUUUCACAUAUAAUAUGAUGUCUGGUAGUCUUCCGAAGGAUUUGUGUGUUUUUCUUCCUAAACUUGAAAUUCUCUCUCUUUCCAAGAAUGAGUUUGAUGGCCAAAUUCCAUCAACUCUAGGUUUGAUACCAAAAGAGAUUAGUGAGCUUCCAAAUGUGAGAGAGCUAAGACUUGCUAUUAACAACUUAAUGGGUGCCAUUCCAACAUCAAUUUUUAAUAUCUCAUCACUUCAAGGUAUGUCGCUUACGGGAAAUAACUUGUCAGGCAAUCUUCCAUCAAGUAUAGGGCUUUGGCUACCCAAUCUUAAUGUGCUCUAUCUUGGAGGAAAUAACCUCAUUGGAAUUAUUCCCGAGUCAAUUUCAAAUGCUUCUAAACUCACUUCUUUAGACCUUGGUAACAAUGCAUUUACGGGUUCAAUUCCGAACUUGCUUGGUAAUUUACGACUACUCCAAUCACUCAACUUGCAAGGAAACAAUUUGACGAGUGGGUCAUCUUCUUCCUCUCCAGAAUUGAGCUUCCUCACUUCCUUGAAAUUUGACGCAAAUUCUUGUGGAAUCAAAGGCAACAUUCCUAGUGAAAUUGGUAAUAUAAGCAAUUUGGUAAUCUUGACUUUGCCACAAAAUGGUUUGAUCGGAUUCAUUCCCUCUACAAUUAAAUUGUUAGGAAAGCUUCGAAUAUUGGAUCUUUCCAAAAAUAGACUUCAAGGGUCCAUUCCAGAUGAUGUAUGCCAACUCAAGAACAUGGGUGAUCUACGAUUGAACCAAAAUAAACUUUUUGGAUUGAUUCCUGAAUGCUUAGGGAAUAUUACAUCUUUAAGAUAUCUUUACCUCAAUUCAAACAAACUAACGUUCGCCAUACCUACAAGGUUGGGCAAUCUUAAAGAUAUCUUGGAAAUUAACCUGUCCUCAAAUUCUUUAAAUGGCAAUCUACCACCACAACUUGGGAGUUUCAAAGUUGCAACACUAAUAGAUUUUUCAAUGAACCAAUUCACAGGCAAAAUCCCAAGUACAAUUAUAGGUUUGGAAAACUUGGUUACUCUUUCAUUAGCUCACAACAAGUUACAAGGAUCUAUACCUGACUCAUUUGGCAGUAUGGUGAGCUUGGAAUUCUUAGAUCUAUCCUAUAAUGACCACUCCGAUGUGAUCCCCAAGUCCUUAGAGACACUGUCUCAUCUUUCAUAUCUCAACAUUUCUUUCAAUAAGUUAAGAGGACAAAUUCCAAAUGGGGGACCUUUUGCAAACUUCACCAUUCAAUCUUUCAUGUCGAAUGAAGCAUUAUGCGGUUCACCAAAUUCUCAAGUCCCGCCGUGCCAUACUUGUUCCUUUUAUCAUCUGAGGGAAGAAAGAGUGGCUCUAGCUUUAUAUAUUUUGUUACCUAUUGCAUCCAUACUGCUUGCUACAACCUUUAUGUUCUUGUUCAUAAAAUAUCGAAGAAGAAAUAAAACUCCAUCCAAUGUUGAUCUCUUACCAACAAUAACACCUCCAAGAAUCACAUACCCACAGCUUUUUCGAGCAACUAACGGGUUUAGUGAGAGCAACUUGCUUGGUAUGGGGAGUUUUGGUUCUGUCUACGAAGCUAUCCUUGAAGAUACCACAAUUUUGGCUAUAAAGGUAUUCAACUUGCAAGUAGAAGGUGCAUUCAAGAGUUUUGACGUAGAAUGCGAGACAAUGCGACACAUUCGUCAUCGCAAUCUCACGAAG